AAUCACAGCCAGAGUCUGGCAGUAGCAGGAUGUUUCAGCCCAGAUAUGAGCCAGUGUUACCGACCUGCUCAGUCAAUCUUUAACAUCCUGCUUUUCCAUAAUAUCUCACCAAACCUUUUAAAUAUCUGAAGUCUUGGAUUCAACAUAGCAUCACACACCUGUUUUACGCCUCAGAGGACCAAUAGGAUUCAGGGCAAGUGAAUUUAGAGCAGGUGCCUUUAGUGACAGAAGUGCAGCUGGAAACUUUUUUUUUCCUCUCUUAAAAGCUGCCUCAUUGCAAUGGGAGGCUCUAGAUUGAGCAUGGAUUUUGGAGUUUUAUGUGACUUUUGAGUAGAGGGGGGGACCAAGGAAAAAGGAGUAGAAGAAACCCUGUAUAAUUGCUGCGACCACCAAAGAAGAAAGGGUGGGGGGGUGGGUGGAGAUCCGUGGGGAGGGUAAUGGGAAACAUCAACAAGGCUUCUAACAAGGACAGUGACAGGAAAAAGGAGGCUUCACCCAUUCAACAAAGCGACACAGCGUUAGCUGCUGCAAUGCUAGGUUCCCUGGGUGGUGCAGGGGAGGUGGACACAGAGGAGGAAGAGGAGGAGGAUGAGGAAGGAGGGAGCAGGCCUGAAUUUGAGGACCCCCUGUGUGCUCUGGUUAAGAACUGCAACAUGCUGCACAACAUAGUGGGGCCUGCUUGUAUCUUCCUCAGACAGGGCUUCGCUCAAAGUCAGAUUGACAGAGACCUACGACCCGAGGAAAUGGAAGAACUGCGUGAGGCCUUCAAGGAGUUUGACAAAGACAAAGAUGGAUUCAUUAGCUAUAAGGACCUGGGAGAGUGCAUGAGGACUAUGGGAUACAUGCCAACUGAAAUGGAACUGAUAGAGCUCAGCCAGCAGAUCUGUGGUGGCAGAGUGGACUUUGAGGACUUUGUGGAAUUGAUGGGUCCCAAAAUGCUUGCUGAGACUGCAGAUAUGAUUGGAGUAAAAGAGUUAAGAGAUGCCUUCAGAGAGUUUGACUCUGACGGUGACGGUCAGAUUAGCCUCGGGGAACUAAGGGAAGCAAUGAAGAAACUAAUGGGAGAACAGCUUAACCACAGGGAGAUUGAUGAGAUUCUAAGAGACGUAGACCUCAAUGGAGAUGGAGAGGUGGACUUUGAAGAAUUUGUGCGCAUGAUGUCUCGCUGAAGACUCUUUCUACUGCACUAAAACCAACAUGGACCAGACUGUGUACUGUUAAGUCUUUUCAUAUGUACAACAAAUUCUUGGUCUUUGUGAUUUUUCACUUACCUCUCAGGUAGAUCCACUAGUUUUUUUCCAUUAUAAAAAUGUAUUAUGUGCAUAAAAAUGAUAUAUUUAUGACUUCAAAUCAUAUAAAAAAUAUAAAAAUGUGAAGAUAUGUAAAUAUUUCAAGCAAUUACACUACCACUUUGCAAUAAGGCUCCCCUUAUAGAUGGCUGAUAGUUUAUAGAUAUUUUAUUAUUUAAUCUCUAAAAACUUUAAUACUCAUUCAUAAGUGUUUAUUAUGAAUUUAACAUAUCAUACAUGCUAAACAAUUUAGUUUGACAAAAGCUUAUUGUGCUUACAAGGUAGUAACUUAGUUUGAAAUGUUGAAAAUAAACACUAGAUGAAAUACUAUAUAUAACAGAUCCAUUAUUACUAACCUUCUAUAAAAGGAACCUUAUUGUAAAGUGCUACAGUACCAUCAUUUUAUUUAAAAGUGAAAAUGUGAAAACAAAUAUUAAUCAACUGGCAUUGAAAGUCAGUUUAGACAUUAUAUAUUUUUUGUUUAUUUUUGCAAUUUGCCUGGUGCAGCUGUGUACAUUUUCAGAAAUAUUUAACAUUAAUUUAUAGACAAAUGUUUAAUAAAACAUGGAACGUCAUGUUGAUAUCAAUAAAUGAUAACCCAAU